CGACAAAGAAGCCAAAUAAUACCAUUCGAGGAUUACACACACGGCGUACCUAUUCCAUUCUCCCUUCAUCCCAGAAUAACAUUUGCCAUCGCAACCUCACCCCGAUUGUACCUCUAUUGAGUACCAACCCAACACCUGCACCAUCACCGAACCCUCUCCAACUUUGAUGCGCUACCUUCUGAACACCUCGCCAUUAUGAGGUUGCAGUGGCGGAACCUGCUCUUGUCCAGUACGCUCCUGGGAGCUGCGUGGGCAAAAAAAGAUGGCCCCGCGAUCAAGCAAUCCAAGUUCGAUUUUAUACCAUACAAUGUAAAUUACUUUGAGGAUUCCGAUGUUGUCCUCUUUAUCGAUGCCUCUACCCUGAACGCCUACCGAUCCGAAGAUGCUGGUGCAACAUGGAAGGAGGUGGAAGAGGUGCCGGAUGGAGCGCUGAUGGAGUUGAUAAUGCACCCAUUUGACUCCAAGAGAGCAUAUAUUAUCACAGAAGGGACGAGUCACUGGCAGACCAAGGACCGGGGCAAGUCGUGGCAGAAGUUCUCGGUAGAUUCGCUGGCGAGUAUAUUUCAGAACCAGGCUUUGGCUUUCCACGCUGGCGACCCGGAUAGAAUUAUUUAUAAUGCAAUGGAUUGUGCUGGCAUAUUCUGCGAGGAAUUGGUAGGUUACCAAAACUGGCAGAAGUUGCGGACGUAUAACUGACACCUGUAUCACAGACUUACUAUACCACGAACGGAUUCGAGAAAACCACCCGUAUGCGGCUCGAUACCAUCGGUUGCCACUGGGCAAAAUCGUCCAAGGAAUUCACAACGGGCGAUAAAGAUACAGAUUUGCGCAGAAUUAUGUGUAUUGUCAGAGGGAAAUUCUCUCCAUGGAGCAAGGACUACCGAACGGUUAUCUCGGAUGACUAUUUCGCCAAAUCUGGCAGUGCGAUUCAGGAAUUCGAGCCGGAGCUGGAGCCUGGAAAAUUGGUCAAGGGCGUUGUCAAUAUGGCUGUGGUCACAAAUUAUCUGGUUGUUGCGACAUCUGCUGAGGGCACCGACGAAAUGGCUCUAUACAUUACCGACGAUACCAAAAAAUGGCACCGAGCCGUAUUUCCAAAAGAUCACCGACUUGCAGAAAAGGCGUACACGAUGCUUGAGUCCACAAAAUACAGUAUUCAGAUUGAUGUUUUGACCAGCAACAACCGUGGACAGUCUAUGGGGGUUUUCUUGACCAGUAACUCGAACGGUACUUAUUUCUUCCGAAACAUCGAACAUACGAACAGAAAUAUGCAUGGCAUGGUGGAUUUUGAAAAGGUCACUGGCAUACAAGGUAUUUCAUUGGUCAACACUGUGUCCAACUGGGAAGAGGUCGAAAAGGGCCACGAAGACAAAAAGGUUAUGACUCAAAUCACUUUUGAUGAUGGCUGGCAUUUCCAUGGUAUUACUUGCGAAAAGGAGCCGCUACACCUCCAUUCCGUCACGGAAAUGUCAAAUUCUGGACGUAUAUUCUCCAGCCCAGCGCCAGGAAUUGUUAUGGGAAUCGGAAAUACAGGAGAUCACCUGAAACCAUAUAAAGACGGUAAUCUCUAUGUCUCAGAUGAUGCUGGAUUGACAUGGAUAAAGGGACUCGACGGACCCCACAAGUACGAGUUUGGUGACCAAGGUUCCAUUUUGCUGGCGAUUCCAGACUCAGGUCCAACCGGCGAGAUAAAAUAUUCCUUGAACCAUGGCAAAGAAUGGAAGAAGAUUGAUCUCCCAGAGAAGGUCAGACCUGUUCAAUUGACCACUACACAGGAUUCGACCAGUCUCAAGUUUUUGUUGGAAGCCGUUGAUCCAGACAAGCCAAGGGAAAAGGGCUUUAUCAUUUCCUUGGACUUUGAUGACAUGCACGAGGGUCAGUGUAAGGAAGAUCAAUUAGAGUUAUGGCACGCUCGAGUCGACAAAGACGGCAAGCCAAAAUGUCUUAUGGGACAUACGCAAGCUUUCAAACGACGCAAGAAGGAUGCUGAUUGCUUCAUGAAGAGUGAAUUCAAAGAUCCAGAAGUUAUUACGGAAGAUUGUCCCUGUACAAGCGACGACUUUGAGUGCGACUACAACUUUGUAAGGAACGAAGACCACUCGGAGUGCCUUAGAGUAGAAGGAACUGCUCUCGUUCUCCCGGAAGGGGCAUGCAAAAACCCAGAAAAGGACAAGACAUUCAAAGGAUCUUCCAGCUGGCGAUUAAUCCCGGGCAAUACUUGCAAAAGAGCCGAUGGACCCCAGAAAGAUGAUCCAGUUGAGAGAGAAUGUAAAGACACAAUCAAUCCCCACACGCCAUCCUCGGGCAAGAUUGUUGCGACACAGGCUACACUUCCUGGUUCGUCGUUGUUUCCGGAGGUCUAUCUUGAGCGUACCGAUAUCAGUCUGGACGCAGAUGAGACUGUUGUCGCACAUACAGAUGAGGGGGUCUUUUUGUCUUCAGAUCAUGGCAAAAAAUGGACUCAGAUUUUAAAGGAUGAAAACAUCGUGGCAGUCUAUCCUCACAGAUUCUAUAAGGAUGUGGUUUUCUUUCUGACGGCGACCGAAAAAGUGUUCUAUUCGAUAGAGCGAGGAGAGAACAUCAGAGAAUUUAAGGCCGAGGAUCCUCCCAAUCUUGAUCAAUUGAUAGUCAUGAACUUCCACUGGAAACACAAGGAUUGGAUUCUUUGGGUUGGUGGACGAGACUGCCCUGGCGAAAAGUGUCACAGUGUUGCAUCUUUGAGCAAGGACCGGGGAGAUACGUGGAAAACGCUACGACGAUACGUUAGAAAGUGUGAAUUUAUCAAGGAAGAAAGACGACUUUACACUACACCUGCUGAGAAGCUUGGUCAGGACGAUGAUGACCUCGACAACCUUAUCUAUUGCGAGGUUCGAAAACAUGAGAGAAAAGAUUCCAAGGACAACCCCUGGCAACUGGUCUCGAGCGAGGAUUUUUUCACUAAUGAGCCCAUGGUUCACUUUGAAAAUCUCGUGGACUUUGCAACCAUGUCCGAGUAUAUCGUUGUUGCUACCAGAGACGAGGCUCACUCUACUCUCCAUGUCAACGCCAGUGUGGAUGGAAGAACCUUCGCAGGCGCCCAAUUUCCUCACGAAUUCAAUUUCCCCCAAAGUGGAUACACUGUCCUUGAUAGCUCGACGCACUCGAUCUUCUUGCAUGUUACUGUCAACCAGGAGAAGGAUCUUGAGUAUGGUAGCAUCAUCAAAAGUAAUUCCAACGGUACCUCCUAUGGCCUCAGCUUGGCGGCGGUAGAUCGAGACGCACCGGGGUAUGUUGAUUUUGAGAAAACAUUUGGUCUCGAAGGCUUAAGUCUGGCCAACGUUGUCUCAAACAACAAUGACAAGGAUUUUAAGAAACAGGGGAAGAGACUCAAGACAAUGAUUACGCACAAUGAUGGUGCCCAAUGGGAUCUAAUCACACCACCAGAGAAAGAUGCCGAUGGAAAGAAAUUUGAUUGUAAAGGUGGUAUUGAUAAAUGCUCUCUCAAUGUUCACGGCUAUACUGAAAGAAACCACAAAUCUCACACUUAUUCUUCCACGACUGCCGUUGGUCUGAUGGUGGUGACUGGAAGUGUUGGCGAAUAUCUUGGCAAGGAAGCCGAUACCUUCAUGACCUCCGAUGGUGGCAUCAGCUGGUUUGCUGUGAAGAAGGGUAAGUACAUGUGGGAAUAUGGUGACCAGGGUGCAAUCAUCAUUCUCGUGAAAGAAGGAGCUCCAACGAAGACAGUCAGCUACUCCACGGAUGAAGGUGCAACUUGGGAAGACUUUCAAUUCUCAGAUGAAGAGGUCACCGUUGAAGAUCUCACCACUACGCCCAGUGACAACUCUCGUAAUUUCCUAUUGUGGAUCAAAAAGAAGGGCGAGAUCCAUACGAUCAACAUCGAUUUUACAGGUCUCACAAACACAAAGUGCGAGCUGAAUGAGAAGGACCCCGAAAAGUCCCCCGAUUAUUAUCUAUGGACACCAAAGCACCCGAAACAAAAUAACAAUUGUCUUUUCGGACAUGUUUCCCAAAUUAUCCGCAAGAAGACGAGUAGCAAAUGCUACAACCCGCGGGUUAUUCCAGGUCUACAUGACAUCAAGGAGAACUGCGAGUGUACCAGACAGGACUAUGAAUGGUGAGUUUUAUAUCUACGCGUAAAAGGUUUUGAGCUAACUUGAAAACAGCGACUUCAAUUAUGAGCGUCAAACCGAUGGUUCCUGUGCCCUCGUACCUGGUUUCUCACCUCCAGAUCAUUCCUUGAUCUGCAAGGUUGAGGCUGAAAGAGUUGAAUAUUUCUCUCCUACGGGUUACCGAAAAUUGCCAAUGAGCACCUGCCAGAACGGACGAGAAUUCGACAGGAGCGAAGCCAAACCUUGUCCUGGAAAGGAGAAGGAGUUUGAAAAGAAGCAUAGCGCCUCGGCUAUUGGUAUCUUCUUUGCUGUCAUCAUUCCGAUUGCUGCGGCUGCUGGUGCAGGUUGGUGGGUGUGGCGCAAUUGGGCUUCCAAGUUUGGCCAGAUUAGACUUGGGGAACAAUGUAAGUUUUCUCACUCUUUUUAUCCCCUCGCAUUACACGAACCUUUACUAACGGUAUUCUAGCCUCAUUCGAUAGUGAGGCUCCAUGGGUCAAAUACCCGGUCCUGGCUGUUGCUGGUGUGGUCGCGGUCGGCGCGGCGUUACCCUUACUCAUCAGCAGUCUUUGGCGCUCGGUGAGCACGGCGAUGGGUGGUGGUAGUCGGGGGGCGGCGAGGUUCACGACGAGGGAUAGCUUCGCGAGAGGGAGGGGCAAUUAUGCGGUUGUGGAUGAUGAUGCGGAUGAGCUUUUGGGGGAGGAGAGUGAUGAGGAGGUGGGUGUCUAGUAGAAUAUGAACCUACCUGCCUUUUUUUGGGAGGGGAUGUUUGAAAAAGUUUCAUCUCUUUUUUUAUUGUUGGUUCCUUUUCUUUUGUUGUAUUUUUUUUCUUUUUGGUUGCUCGGUUGGUUGGUUGCUUGGGAGGUUGCUUGGGAGGUUGGGAGGCUUUAGAUUAGCUGUAUUAUGUAUGGACUUUUUGGGGGUGUGUGGGUGGUUGGUUGGGUUGGUAGGAUUGGUUAGGAUAGGUAGCAUUGGAUAGGUAUGAUGGGUGCACGUGUGGAAAGAGUAGAUUAGUUAUACAGUCUUUCGCUCUUUUUCUACUUUAAUUUUUCUGAUGUUAUUGAGUUUUUUUCUUUUACUGCUUUUUUGAUUGGUUUUUUUGCGUGGCUUUUUGGGGGGAAGGGGGC